AUGUUCCUUACUUCUUCUAUAACGGAGUACGAUGCUGCGGACAAGAGAAUGUUUUCCUCGAUAGGUGUAAAGGAAUACUGGUUUCCUGAACUUGAUAAUCUCACGAAAAAAAGUGGCGUUGAAACUAUAAACCCACACAUGGAUAAGAUUAGCUUAUCGAGGCACUACUUUAAAAAUGGCUUAUUUAGCGUUCUUUUAGAAAAAAGUAUCUUGCUUUUUCACCUUCAAGGUCAUUGGUCCUACACAAACACAAACUCGUCUGAAGACAAGUGGGGCGAGGUGGCGCACAAGAUGUGCAAUGGGAAAAAGCAGUCGCCAAUUCCUCUCUCCUACGCAGACGCCAUCUACGAUCCCCACCUGAAGCCCAUCGGUGUCUACCAACACGGCAGCUUCGGCACCAACGAACCCUUCGUCAUGACCAACAACGGUCACACGCUUGUUGUCAACAUUGGCUCGUGUCACUACUUCUUGGACCUCCAAAACAAGCAAGACAUGAAGUUCUGUAUCACCCAGUUUCACUUCCACUGGGGCAACAAGAGUUCUGUUGGGUCGGAGCACAGCAUUGAUGGCAAAUUUUUCCCUCUGGAGAUGCACAUAGUGGCCUUCGACAAGUCAUUGUACACCACCUUCUCGGAGGCCUCCAAAGGAGUGAACGGAUUAGCUGUGCUAGGUUUAGUGUUUCAGGAGGAUAAAAACAUUCCACGCAACAAAACUUUGCUCUUCAACAUGGGUGCCUUUCUACAGAAGGUGGAAGAAGUUCAGAGUCCCGGUCAGGCAGCUAAUUUUACUCCAUUUCCAGUUGAUGCUCUGUUAGACAUUGGUGACGCCAAUUCACGCUACUUCCGAUAUGAGGGUUCGCUGACCACUCCACCGUGUACUGAGAACGUCUACUGGACGGUGGUCGCAGUCCCGGUGCCAGUUAGCCCUCAGCAGCUUGACGCAAUGCGGUUCCUUCGCUACGCCAGUGAGGAAUCCGCCUCCAAUAUGGCAAAUAACUUCAGAAAACUCAAAUCCGUCAAUCCGGAUGAUGUUGUCGUGCCACGCGUAGUUUUCCGCUCGUGGAAUGCCGCAUCUCGAAUGGCCGCAACCUCGCUAGUCGUCCUCCUUUUAGUUCCACUUUUCAUUUGA